AUGGAGGGCACUCGUAGUGGUCGAGGCCGUGAACGUGGUGGUAGGCAAUCCACGACUGAUAGGGAUACUAGGGAAACCAUGCUCGAACCAAACCCUGAACCCCAAAUUGAUCCCAACGCUCAGGUAGCCGCUGCUAUCCAGCGGAUGACUGAUCUUCUAGCACAUGUCGUGCAACAACAGGGCCACAACCCUAACCCACCUGUCGGGAAUCCCAGAAACCCUGAAAAUUAUGUAGAGAGCGAGGAUCGAGCUCUCGAAAGGUUUCAAAAAUUUUUCCCAUCGAAGUUUCUUGGAGGGCCAGAUCCAGACAUGGCCGAACAGUGGUUGGAGAAGAUGAUAGACAUUUUUGCUGCUCUACACUAUUCAGAAGAGAGGCAAGUUACUUUUACGCUCUUUCAACUAGAAGGGGCCACCCGUUCUUGGUGGAAUAUUAUACGAACUAAGUGGGAGAGAGAGCAGACACCAAGAACGUGGGUGAACUUCGUAAGGGAGUUUAACGCCAAGUACUUCCCGCCUUUGAUCCAGGAAAAGAAGGAAGACGAGUUCAUCCGACUUCGCCAAGGCACCCAAUCAGUGGUCGAGUACGAGAGCUAG